AUGCAUGCCGUGACAGCAGAUGUCGCAUGCCGCGUGAUGCGGACAGACCGUGUCACUGCUGGCGAGCCCUUGCCAGCGCAGCAGGCAGAGGCUAAGCGCGGCACAACUGUGGUGUCGCAGCGACGACUCAACGGUGCCAGCAAAAUUGAGCAAGGUUUCAGCCUUCCAGGCGAUCAUUUUUGGCUCGUCGCUCUCCUGGAUGACCCUGGCUCUGGCAGUAGAUCCAUUAGACUUUCUGAGAUCCUGCUCGCAUCCGAACACACCUCACAUACUUUACUCAUGAGUGCCAUCAACCGCUCUUCGACGCUUCCCACCUCAGUCACUCCUUCUGCCACCCACUGCCCGCGUCUGCUGCAGCAUUGA